AUGGAGGAGCAGCAGCCGGAGCCUAAGAGUCAGCGCGACGCGGGCCUCGGCGCGGCGGUGGCGGCGGCGGCCCCGGGCGGCCUGAGCCUGAGCCUCAGCCCCGGCGCCAGCGGCAGCAGCGGCGGCAGCGAUGGGGACAGCGUGCCGGUGUCCCCGCAGCCCGCGCCCCCCUCGCCGCCCGCGGCGCCCUGCCUGCCGCCCCUGGCCCACCACCCCCACCUCCCCUCGCACCCCCCGCCGCCGCCGCCGCCGCCGCCGCCGCAUCUCGUGGCGCCCGCUCCCCCGCCGCAGCCCGCGGCCCAGCUGCACCGCACCACCAACUUUUUCAUCGACAACAUCCUGAGGCCGGACUUCGGCUGCAAGAAGGAGCAGUCUCCGCAGCAGCAGCUCCUGGCGGCGGCGGCGGCUGCCGGAGGAGGCGCCGGAGGAGGAGGCCGGGCGGAGCGGGACCGAGGCCAGACCGGCUCAGGUAGAGACCCCGUCCACCCGCUGGGCACGCGGGCGCCGGGCGCCGCCUCGCUCCUCUGUUCACCGGACGCAAACUGUGGCCCACCCGACGGCUCCCCGCCAGGCGCUGCCGGAGGCGCGGGUGCGUCCAAAGCUGGGAACCCGGCGGCCGCGGCGGCGGCGGCGGCGGCGGCAGCGGCCGUGGCAGCGGCGGCGGCGGCGGCAGCAACAGCCAAGCCUGCAGACUGCGGCAGCGGCGGCGGCGGCGGCGUGGGGAGCCCCGGGGCGCAGGGUGCCAAGUAUCCGGAGCAUGGCAACCCGGCCAUCCUGCUUAUGGGCGCAGCCAAUGGCGGGCCCGUGGUCAAAACGGACUCGCAGCAGCCUCUCGUGUGGCCCGCCUGGGUCUACUGCACUCGUUACUCCGAUCGUCCGUCCUCCGGUCCGCGCACCAGAAAGCUGAAGAAGAAGAAGAACGAGAAGGAGGACAAGCGGCCUCGGACGGCGUUCACCGCCGAGCAGCUGCAGAGACUCAAGGCGGAGUUCCAGGCGAACCGCUACAUCACGGAGCAGCGGCGGCAGACCCUGGCCCAGGAGCUCAGCCUCAACGAGUCCCAGAUCAAGAUCUGGUUCCAGAACAAGCGCGCCAAGAUCAAGAAAGCCACCGGCAUCAAGAACGGCCUGGCGCUGCACCUCAUGGCGCAGGGACUGUACAACCACUCCACCACCACGGUCCAGGACAAAGACGAGAGCGAGUAG